AUGGAAUCGAGGGAGCUCUUGAUUCCCCAAUCUAGAGGUAGUUUCCCCCGCACAAACGGAGUCCAAGCGCAGAUUCCCAAGCCACACAUGCAGCAAACAUGCGUUUACUCAUGCCUGGCUGCCCAACCCCAGGUUUUCGGAGCCUCUUGUCGACGUGGCGAGCUGACUUUGCGUGGAACUCCCCUCAUGAUUAAAGUUUAUGAGGCCAGUAGGAAACUAGCAAUCGACGGUUCCAGAGACAUUGACUGUUGGUUGGACCGCGCCAAGGCGAACGGGUUCACACAUGGCAUCCCGACUAGCACAAUUUAAACUCAUCAAUACGCCAUAGUUUUGGUGCUUGAAGCUUGGAGUACUUUGGCCGCUAGACGAUGGGGUAGGUACAUGUCAACUGACCGCCAUCGUACCGGUAGCUCUAAAUCCGCUGGCAUGGAUAGCACAAUGCAAGGUGCGGAAGCUCGUCAUUGGCCUCGGCCAGCUGCAUCGUCCGACUCAAUGAGGGGCCUUGCCAAAAUUCUUUGUCCCACUCGGAAAUCUGAAGGUCUGCACGUUGUUGUUGGGAACCGGGCGGGUCUGAUAUAGUGGUGAUGGAUGAAUAAAUUGCAAUGCGAGGGGACUGUUGAGAAGAACUUUUCUUUUCUUUCCUAUUUCUUUCGUCAUAAGACAUCAACCUCAUUGUCAACUUGAAGGUUGCACUGCAUACUGUUCAGCUUCGGUGGGAUCGAGUGCCCCGAUCGAGCACAUUUUCAAGUUACCACCUGUCAGUGAACCACUACCAACAUGCACGAGAGCAUGUUGAAGAACCGGAAAGACGGAGGAUCCAAUAACCUGCAUCAGAAGGUAAACCCGCUUGGGUGCGGAUUAGCGAUUUCAAUGUGUCUAUUACGAACACAAGAAGGAAUACAAAACAAAAUAGGCAAAAAGCUGAAAGAAAGAGGAGCAAAAGAAUAAAGAACACAAAAAAGAGAAGAGAGAAACAGAGAAUAAUCUGACCGAAUAGAAACUCUUGGCGGCGAUGAGCUUGAAGGCCCCGCUUCGAUCAAAGCGUUUUGACCGGUAUCCGAACCACUGUUAUGGACUGUUGUCUUAUUGACCUCCUGAGUAUUCCCUUACUCGAAGGGAAUGGGGUGAUCAUUAGCCAUGUACGUAGUGCUCUUCAAGUGUUGCGUUGCCAUAAUUUUCUUAAAGCGGCCAUCAGUUGGGUCCUGGGCGGAUCCCUGGUGCGAAAAGACCAGAGGCGUGCCCUUCUUCGUCCCUGUGUCAGCGUAAGCCUUGUUUAUGGUUUCCGGCGGG